CAUCACUUUGCGCAAGAAAGCUACAGUAAACGCGCUGUCCCAUGCGCUAAGAUAAAUCGCCAUUUAUCCGAUGCAUUUUUUCCGGUGUUGCUCCUUGUGUAUUUAUUUAUUUAUUUUUUGUAUUUGUUUAUUUAUUUUUGUAUUUCUGUAUAGGUGCAUGAACCACCGGCAGUUUUUAUUGGCUCAACGUCUUUCCCGUCGGCUGUGGCUGCAGGCACGGCUAAAGGAGCAGCCGGCGCUCAAGCGCUGUCAGGCGGGGAUACCCAGCGCGCGGGUGGCGUCAGCAGCUGACCAUGAGCGGCGAAUACGCUACCUCUACUCUGGAGGUGGCGUGGACGCGGCGGCGGCGGCCGGGUCUGCGCCUGCGCCGUUGCAACAGUACGGGCUGUGGCACCUACUCCGUUUCUACCGGCAGUGGGGCCAGCGGCGGUGGCGCCUGACUGUCCAUGUGCGGACGCAGAAGGUGCUGGAGCACACGGCGCAGCAGCUGGCUGGUGGAAGGCCCAAGGAGGAGGUCAUUGUUGGCUGGGGCAACGCCAACACUGGCUAUGGCGGUUGCAUCAGCAGGUUGGGGCGGGGCCCAAACCGGGCACUGCUCCGCCUGCUGGUGGACAAGUACGCGCACCUGGUGGUGUACGUGGACGAGUUCUACACAUCGCAGGGACGUGACGUCAACUCCGCAACCAACAUCCGGCACGCGCUGGUGGAAAUGCUGCUGGGGCACAAGCGACCUGCAUCGCUGCAGACUGGCGGCGGCGGCGGCGGCGGCGGCGGCAGCGGCGGCGGCGGCAGCGGCGGCGGCGGCGGCGGCGGCGGCAGCGGCGGCGGCGGCAGCGGCAGCGGCGGCGGCGCGUGCGCGCAUCUUGGUAGCGGAGGGGGCGGGAAAGGCCACGUGGAGGAGGAGAGCGCAGCGCCGCCCAAGAAGCGGCGCAAGCGCGCAGGCUGAGGAGCCGGCUGGCGGUGUCUAGGUAGCGGUCCGCGGUGGGGCUGGCAGGGCAUGCGUAGCGGCAUGACAAGUAGUGCGGCUGUUGACAACUGUGCUACGUCUGGCUGCGGUUGGCUCUGCUGUGGCAUCGUGAUUGCUAGGCACCCAGUUUGGCUAUGUGCCUGUGGAAACCGACCCCGGCUAUGUCCGGGCGAUGAGGUUGUUCGGCCUCAGACUGUGGAGGGGCUCAGCCCCUUUUCCCGUGACCGGGGAAGACUUGUCCACACAAAGGAAUGGACCCAUUCUGCAUGAUGCACGUGUGCAUGCGGGUGGAUGGUGGCUGUUGAUAUGGCUCUGCCACUCCGGCAGCACCGCUACGAUACCUAGCAGUUCCUGGAGUGGUCCCUGCUUGGUGCGUGAUGUUUGGGUUUGCCGUUUUGAUUCUUUGUUUCGUGCUGAAUGGCUGAUGAGGCGGCAGGACCCCUCGUGCCAGUGUACAGAGCCUCACGGCUCCCUC